AUGGUUCCUGAAACCCAGUGCCUGAAGCUACUUGGGAUAGCCUUCGACAGUCAACUGACAUUCUGCCAGCAGAUUCGACAGUCAGCCCUGCGCGCCACACAGCGACUGGGCUUCCUGAAGAAGGCCUCAGCAGUGCUUGACCCUGGCUGCCGACUCACGGUCAACAACGGCUUUGUUCGCCCAAUCUUAGAGCAUGGCAUGCUAGUCUGGAUGGGUGCUUCUCAGCCGGUGCUGGCCCAACUCGAUGCUGUACAGCGGAGAGCCCUGCAUCUGAUCGGCGAAGGCGCAUAUCUGCCAAGCCUUGAACUCCGGCGCAAAGUGGCUGCUCUCUGCUAUCUCUACAAAAUCCAGUACCUGACAGGCCCUUAG